UGACUUUUUCCAAGAAUCGUCUUCUGAGGACCCUGAUUCUGGUCGCAACCACAUUGAUAUCUCGGGGUUACCCGGAGGGGAAAGGGCGUUCAAGCAGGUCGCCAGCUUCUGUUAUGGAAUGGAUUUCAAGAUCUCACCACUUGAUGCUCCUGCCCUUGCUUGUGCCGCCGCAUUCCUUGGAAUGACCGAUGAUUCGCGCAAGGGCAUGGGCAAGUACCGAGUGAACCUGCUGUCGUUCGCCGCUGCUGCCAUGGCGGGCAUGCUGAAACACGCUGAUGCUGCCCUUGCUGUGUUGAGAGGCUGUGCCGGCCUGCUGGCAGAAGCAGAUGCACUGGGAAUCGUGGACGAGGCAGCCGACAGGCUGGCGGACCAUGCGGUUACCAGUCACAACCUCUGCACCACACCCAUUCACACCUGCGCCGAGCAGGGGGGCUCUUCACCGAUGCAUCCCUGGACGAUAUGCUCAUGCUUCAUCCGCUCCUCCCUCCUGUCUAACCAACCCAACCUGGCCUGCCAUCUCCCCUCUCUCACCCCCCUCUCCCUCUCCCACAGCCGAGCAGGAGCGCUCUUCACCGAUGCAUCCCUGGACGAUCUGCUCAUGCUGGAGACUAGCGACGUGCAGGUAUGGAGUGGUGGAGGUGGGUUGGGGAGUGGUGCAGAGGGGUUGAACGCGUUUGGUAGAGCGUCGUCUCUGGACGAUCUGCUCAUGCUGGAGACGAGUGAUGUGCAGGUGGGGAGUGGUGCAGGUGAGGGUCUGCUGCACGGAUUUGCAUCGGAGGAGCACCUCUCCACUCUGCCUGAUCGCGCGCAAGCCCUGCAGGCAGCAGCAGCACUCAUCGACUCUUAUCUCCUCCACCUCUCCUCCCCUCCAACACCCUACCCUGAUGCUGCUGCCUCUGCUUCUCACUCUUCCCCCGCUCCCUUCUUUUCACCCCCUUACAGGCAGCAGCAGCACUCAUCGACUCUUUACCUCCUCCACCUCUCCUCCCCUCCAACACCCUACCCUGAUGCUGCUGCUGACGGCACUUCUGCUACUGUUGCCCCGGAGUGGAAGCACCUGGUGUGUGCCCUCCCUGCUGAUGCACGGCCGUCCCACGAUGGGCUUCUCAAGGUACGUGGGAAUGCUGCUGGCACCCCCCCCCCCCCCCGGCAACCACAGCCACCCUCACAGAGUAUGGUGGAGCGGAAGCAUCUUGUCACCGCCCUCCCUGCCGAUGCCUGGCAAUCCCAUGACGCCCUUCUCAAGGCGGUAACCGCCUACCUGACAGCUGUCGGCGCAGGAUUGGCCGAUUGGGAGGUGGCAACACUGGUGGGUGUGGUAGCCCCCUCGCGCCUCUCCACUUCGGCAAUGGAAGCUGCUGCUGCUUGCUCUUUGCUGCCUCCGCCGUUUCUGGUCUCCAUCCUGCGCAUUCAAAAAGAGGAGGCAAGAGCAGCGCUGCAGCAGCAGCAGAGGCAGGUGGAAGCAGAGGAGGUGGAGACGAGGAAAGCAGAGGCAGCGGUGGGGCAGUUGAAAGAGCGAGUGGCGGCACAGAGGGGGAGGAAGAGGGAGAUUCAGAGAGAGCUGCUGGUGGUGAAG